CCCCGCCCAGCAGGUAGUUUCAGUCUCCCCUCAAUUGUACCCAUUCGCUGAUACAAAGAUACAUUUCGAUGGGACCUUCCUGCACUGAGUGCUCAGCGCUAGCCAUUAAGCCUGCAGCAGGAGGAGGGAAGGACCGACCAUGAGUGAGCAGCAGAGCCCGAGCGGUGAUAAUGCCUCCCUGUUCCACAAGGCCUCGCACCCGGAGAGCGUCCUGGCCCAACUCGACAGCCUGCGGAGGCAGCGCCUCUUCACCGACGUGACCCUGCGAGCCGGCCGCCGCUCCUUCCUGUGCCACCGGGCAGUGCUGGCUGCCUGCAGCCGCUACUUCGCGGCCAUGUUCGGCGGCGGCCUGCGGGAGAGCGGCGAGCCGGAGGUGGACCUGCGGGCCAGCGUGCACCCCGAGGCGCUGGAGCCGCUGCUCGACUACGCGUACACGGCGCGCCUGGCCCUCAGCGAGGCCAACGCCGAGCGGCUGCUGCAGGCCGGCGACAUGCUGCAGUUCCCCGACGUCCGCGACGCCGCCGCCGCUUUCCUGGAGCGCCGGCUGCGGCCCUCCAACUGCCUGCGCCUGCUCCUGCUCUCCGACGCGCACCAGUGCCGCCACCUGAGACAGCGGGCCCGCGCCGUCUGCCUCGCCCACUUCCAGCGCCUGGCCUCCGGCGAAGAGUUUUGCCGGCUGCCCGAGGCCACACUGGCCGAGCUGUUAGCCAGCGACGAGCUGGAGGCCGAGGACGAGCGGGCCGUCCACCUGGCCGUCGUGCGCUGGGCUCGACACCGACCGCCCGGUGAAGGCCGGCGGCACCUGUCCGGCCCUUUGCGGCACGUCCGCCUCGCCCUGCUGCCCGCUCCUUACCUUGAGGCCUGGGCGCAGGCCGAGCAUCUCCUGGACGACGACCCGUUCGGCCGCGCACUGGUGGACGAGGCGCGCCGCUACCAGCGCGCGGGGGUGGGGUCUGCGGGCACGGUCACGCCGCCGUGCGCGCGUCCCAGGCGCGCAGGGCACACGCUGCUGAUCCUGGGCGGUCCCACCUUCUUGUGCGACCAGGUGUACGAGCUGGAGCGGGGGGAGGGGCAGUGGGAGGAGCUGGAGCGGGGGGAGGGCGACUCUGAGAGCAGACCGGUGGGGGAUGGGCACCAGGAGCUUGUGGAGCAGGGCCGGCGGGAGGAGCAAGGGGUGAGGGAACUGCACUGCCGGGACUCGGGAACUGGGCGCCGGAAGAGUUUGGAGGAAGACCUGGGUUUGGGGUGGCGUGGGGAGGAAGCGGAGGAGGGGCGGGACCUCGGGGAGGGGAGGGGGCGUAUUGUCGCCAAGGCGCGCUUGCCCAGCCCCCGCAAAGAGUUCAGCGCCUGCGCCCUGGGCCGCCGCGUCUACCUGAGCGGCGGGCGGGGCCCCGAGAAUGGGGUCUCGCGAGACGUCUGGGUCUAUGACGCGGCGGCUGGCGAUUGGUCCAAAGUGGCGCCAAUGUUGGUUGCUCGCUUCGGCCAUGGCUCGGCCGAGCUGCGGGGAGGUGUCUUCGUGCUCGGAGGCCAUGGCUCGGCUUGGGUACCGGGCUCGGCCCCUCUCACGCAGGUGGAGCGUUACGAGCCGUCCGCCAACACCUGGACCGCCGUGUCUCCUCUCCCCGACGGUGUCAGCAACGCGGCGGUGGUGAGCGCUCAGUUACGGCUAUACGUCUUCGGCGGCGGCGCCUCGAGCCUCCCAGCUGCCGAGCGUCGGUCCCGGGUGCAGCGUUACGAGCCGCUGGAGGACCGCUGGGCCGUGCCGGCCGUCUGCCCACAGCCCUGGCGCUACACGGCCGCCGCCGCCCUGGGCAGCCAGAUCUUCAUCAUGGGCGGCGACACGGAGUUCACGGCGGCCUCGGCCUACCGCUUUGACUGUGACACCAACCAGUGGACACGGGUGGGCGACAUGACGGCCAAGCGCAUGAGCUGCCACGCCGUGGCCUCGGGCAACAAGCUCUACGUGGUGGGCGGCUACUUCGGCACACAGCGCUGUAAGACCCUGGACUGCUACGACCCGACCUCAGACACUUGGAGCAGCAUCACCACCGUGCCGUACUCGCUCAUUCCCACUGCCUUUGUCAGUACCUGGAAGCAGUUCCCUGACUGAUGCUCAUCACUUCUCACCUUAACCGAGAGUGGAAGGAAAAUCUCGGUAUUUCACACCAAGUUGCCAUGGACCAUCCUUCCCAGGAUCCUGGACAAAGGCUUUCCUCUGUCUAGAGGACUGUACUACGGAGCAGCAGACUGCGAAACCUGUGCCAAGCUGGCUAAUGAGCCUCACUGUCAUUAUGAUCAUAACUGGGAGUUUGAAAGAUGUCAUAUAGAAGCUUGAUGGAAGCGCAGGAGGAGUUUGGGGGUUGUGUUUGUGGGGAGACUAAUGAGAUCCAUUAAAUUGACAAUAUUCUGA